CGGCAAGGUGCAGCAGCAGUGGAAACUUGGCUCUUCUUUGCGACUUUCAAGCAGCUGAGCUCAAUGUUAGGCACGUGAGAUGCGAGGCAAGGCGAGGACAGCGCUAGCCAUGCUGCACAAUGCGUCCUUGGCGAGGAACUGCUGUGCGCUUGAGAAGGAACAGCCGCUGGACGCCGGCGCUCCCCGAGCUGCCUGGCUGGUGACUGCGCUGUCCAGCGUGCUGAUCUUCACCACCGUGGUGGAUAUCCUGGGCAGCCUCCUGGUCAUCAUCUCGGUGCUGAAGAACAGGAAGCUGAGGAAUUCAGGUAAUGCCUUUGUAGUAAGUCUGGCCUUCGCGGACCUUGUGGUGGCUUUGUAUCCCUACCCAUUAGUGCUAAUGGCUAUUUUUAAAAAUGGAUGGGCACUUGGAGAAAUGCAUUGCAAAGUCAGUGGAUUCGUCAUGGGCUUGAGUGUUAUUGGUUCCAUUUUCAACAUCACAGGGAUUGCGAUCAACCGCUACUGCUACAUAUGCCACAGUUUUGUCUACGACAAACUCUUCACUGCAUGGAAUACAAUGCUUUAUGUGUGCCUCAUUUGGGCUCUCACUGUUCUGGCCACUGUUCCUAACUUUUUUGUUGGCUCAUUGGAGUAUGAUCCUCGCAUCUACUCUUGCACAUUUGUUCAGACUGCAAGUUCCUCUUACACCAUCACUGUGGUGGUUAUCCAUUUCAUUGUGCCAAUCUCUGUGGUGACCUUUUGCUAUCUUCGCAUCUGGAUUUUGGUGAUCCAAGUAAGGCGGAAGGUCAAGUCAGAAACAAAGCCAAGGAUGAAACAGACCGACUUCAGGAACUUUCUUACAAUGUUUGUGGUGUUUGUUAUUUUUGCUUUUUGCUGGGCUCCCCUGAACUUCAUUGGCUUAGCUGUAGCCAUCAACCCUACAGACGUGGCCCCUAAGAUUCCAGAGUGGUUGUUUGUUAUGAGCUACUUUAUGGCUUAUUUCAACAGUUGCCUUAAUGCUGUUAUAUACGGACUGCUUAAUCAAAACUUUCGUAAAGAAUACAAAAGGAUUUUAAUGUCACUGUGGAUGCCAAGACUGUUUUUUCAGGAAAUCUCAAGAGGGGGAACAGAAUGCCCAAAGAGCAAACCUUCUCCCGCUCUGAACAAUAAUGAGCAGGUGAAAACAGAUACUGUGUAACUCAACUGUGAAAGGGAGAGUGGUUGAGAGCCAUUGAACAUGCACACCAGUUUAUUUUCAUUUGCAUUGCCUCAAAUUCAUAUUUUUGUAUCUGAAAUUAAAAUCAACCUCAGAAUAAUAUUUUUAUAUAUCACAUUAAUUUAUAAAAAACUGAACUUGUUUAUUUAUUUUAUUAAUAAAGAAAUUCAGAUAUUUAUUGUUUUAUAGGGUUAGGGUUAUCUUGGUGUUUUUGCUCAGUCCCUUGUUUUAUCAUGUUCCAAUGCAUGGAGGUGUAGCAUUAAUCAGAAAAUAGACAGGCUGUGGGCAUUCCUGGGUAGGGGUAAGGUGCGCCUGUCUAAAGGUUGUUGGGUUGCAGGAAAUGCAUUUUAUCUCUGGGUUAGAUUUAGGAAAUUUUCCAGUACACAAAAACUCUUCAGCUGCAAGCAUUCAUAAGAGACCAUAAGUUUAAAAAAAACAUGCAAUGAAUGAACCAUACAAUUAAAACAAAUACUUUCCAUUGAAAAACAUGUAUUUUUAUUUUAUUUUUACUACAUGAAUGAACACUUUAUCCUUAAAAUAUUUCUUCUUUAAAGAUGGAGAUCUCAUAUCUAUGUGGUGCUUAUUAUAAAAAUAAUUUUGGGCUUAACAGUUAAAUAUUGUUUUGUAGUUCCAAAAAAAAAAAAACAUGAAUGUAUCAUAGUUUAUUUUAACUAUUAUUUGUAUGCCUUAGUUAUGAAUGAAUCAAAAAUCAAAUGAUUUACCAUUAAAUGAUGG